AUGCUGAUUAUAGACAACCAGCCGGUUCCGCGAAAUCUCGCGGGCACGGCGCUGCUCCGUUACCUCCUCACUCACCCGAGCCUCGUCGCCGGUUCGGAGGAGUUUUUUCGCCGAACCAGUCGCUCAGGCUCGGGAACCGGCCCCGAACCUGGUCCCGGUAUCAGCGCCGCGUGUGGCGGCGGCAUUUGCGGCGCCGAUGCUGGUAGCGGGAUCUCGGUGUGCCGAGGGCGGGAGGGCGGAGGGGGCGAGUGGAUGCGCCGGCAGCGGGACCUUCUGGGCGGCGCGGGGAGUCGCUCCCUCGGAGCGCCACGUGGCGCGGAAUCUGCUGCUGACACGUGUGAUGCAGGCAGUGAUGGGCUGCCUCGCGCGAUUUGGCGCAGUUUGAGUGCGACUGUGCUUAAAGCGCGUGAUGCUGCAGCGGGGAUAGCUGGAGGAUACGCUGCUGGUAGCGGGGCUGCUGGUAGCACUGCUGACGGCUGUAACGGUGAGCGCAAUGCCGCGCUGCCGCUUGCCACCACGCGCGCAGGGGAAGAAUGCGCGGCAGGCGCAGCGGGAGAAGCAGUAGCGCCAGCAGCAGCGGAGGAAGCGGCAUGGAAUGGGGCGGAGGGCGGCUUGUUCGAACGCCUAAAUCGGCACGGUGAGGGGGAGGGUGCGCACAAGCUCGGACGGGGGGAGGGAGCGCGCGCGGAAUCGGAGGGGAGCGGUGGGGCGGGAGUUGGCGGGAAAGAGGGCGCAAGGAAGGCGGAUGGGGGUGAGGCGCAGCAGGGACGGCCGGAGCGGCUGGUAUACGUGGCGCAAGCUGAGGUGGCAACUGCUGACGUGGACCUGGUUGACGUUAUAGGCACGGACGAGAUGACCACGUGUGUGGCGGUGGCGCUGCGCCAUCCGCGCACGGGGCGCACGGCGCUCGCGCACGUGGACGCGUCGCUCUGCGCCCUGCGCGCGCUCGCCGCCAUGCUCGCCUCGCUGCGCCUCGCCCCGCACGACCCUACUCCCCUGCAGGCGCAUGCUCCCGUGUGCGGACUGGCAUGCGUGCUGCACGUGUAUAGCCAUGCCCCCUUGCUGCCCUCCUCUGUGCCUCUUCCCCCUGCCGCGCUUUACUCUCGCUCGUUUGCAUCCACUGCCAUGCCUCCGCACUGCAUCCCGUCUCUCCCUCUCCUCCCUGCCGUCCUUUUCCCUGCCUCUCAUUUCCUCUCCCUGUCUCCCGCCGGUGCUGCCCUCCUCUGCCCAUCCGACCGUGCCCCUCUGCCCCACUGCCCCCCGCGCAGCUGCACGUGCCUCUACUACAGCCUUUCCCGCGCGGACAACGCCCCCUUCGCCCCCCCUCUCCCCGCGGGCACGUCCCUCCCCGUGGCCUGCGCGCUGGUGUCCGCGCUGCACGCGCUCCCCCGCCCCUUCCGCCUCUGCACGCUCGCGCUGCUCCCCCUCAACACCACUUGGGACCCCUCCCGCCGCGCGCCUGUGCCCCGCACGCGCGGACUGGCGGUCCACGUGGCAUCUGGGGAAGCCUCCCCGCGGCUAUUCACUCCUGAAGAGCGCGGACCUGAUGCUGUGCUGCGCUCUGUGCUGCUCUUCUUUGGGGAGGGGGGGGAGGAGGAGGGGAAGGGGGAUGCGGAAGGGGAGGCGGGUGGGUUGUGGGGAGGGGGGAAGGGAGAAGAGGAGCGGCUGGUGGGGGAGGGGCGGGGGGAGGAGAAGCGAGAGGGGGAGAGGCAGGAGGGGCGGUGUGAGGAGGGCACUCCGUGCACGCCUGAGAAGGGGAGUCCGGCUAGCGGGAGGCCUGCUGAUGCUGCUGCGUGCACUGGUGGUGGCAGUCCGGCUAGCGGUGGUACUCCUGGCAGCACUGGCACUGCCAGCACACGCGCACACAGCACUCCCUCUUCCUCCCCUCUCAUUCCCUCCUCGCUCUCUUCCUCCUCCCCUUCCCCACUCCUCUCCUCCUCAUUCUCCCCUCUCCUUUCCUCCUCCUCGCCGUCUCCCUCCCAGCCCCCGCUCGCUUCCUCCCCUUCUCUGCUCUCCACCCUUCCCCCCGCCGCGCUGGCACCGCUCUGCACCGCUCUGUGCGGCCCUCUCUGCCCGCAGGGCCGCCUCACCCGCUUCUACGACACUCAGAUGGACCGAUUCGUGCUGCCGCCCACCAGGCUCAUGGAUGCGGCAGCACUGGCCCGGCAGCGGCUGAGCAUGACCGAUCACGAGCUGCUGCACGCCAACUCCACAUCGCCACUGGCUGAGGGACCCGACUUCCUGCCCUUCAUCCGCAGCUGCUACCGCCUGCUAGCCCAGUCACCAGACUCUGACACGCUCUUCCCCAGUGGCGCCCCCCGGGUCUUCACGCGCGAUCCCACCUCGCAGCGCUGGCAGCGAGCCCCACCCCCCCUGCCCCCGCGCACGCCGCUGAUGCUGUACCGCGCGUACCGCUCGCGCCACCUGCACUCGCUCUCCUCCCUGCUCUGCUCCCUGCCCUGCUGGCCCUGGCUUUGA